AUGGCGGGCAUGGAACUCGACGAGCCCAUCUCGAUCGCCCCGGUCGGGCCUGCGACCUCGACAGGAGCCACUAUCUUCUGUUGCGACUGUGGUGCCCCCAUCGACGGCACAACGGCGACUGGCGCUCGCUGCUACGACUGCAUCAAGGUCCACCACGACGUAUCACAGGGCAUCCAGCGCGAGGCUGUGCUCAACUUCUGCCGCGACUGCGACCGAUGGCUCCUACCACCCCAGAGCUGGGUCACCGCGGCACCCGAGUCCCGCGAGCUGCUCGCACUCUGCCUGAAAAAGCUUCGUGGCCUAGGCAAGGUGCGCAUUGUCGACGCCAGCUUCAUCUGGACUGAACCGCACUCGAAGCGUAUCAAGGUCAAGCUCACGGUCCAGGACGCCGUAUCGGACGGUGUUCUGCUCCAGCAGAGCUUCGAGGUUGUCUACAUCGUUGCGCACCAGCAGUGCCCCGAAUGCGCCAAGUCGUACACAGCCAACGUCUGGCGCGCGGUGGCGCAGGUCCGGCAAAAGGUCUUGCACAAGCGCACCUUUUUGUACCUCGAGCAGCUCAUUCUCAAGCACGGCGCCCACAAGGAGACGAUCAACAUCAAGGAGGCGAAGGAUGGCAUCGACUUCUAUUUCUCGCAGAGGAACCAGUGUGAGAAGUUUGUCGACUUCCUCAAGUCGGUGGUUCCAGCCAACGUCAAGAAGGCCCAAGAGCUUAUUUCCAUGGACACACACACAUCGAAGAAGUCGUACAAGUUCACAUACUCGGUCGAGCUCGUCCCUGUGUGCAAGGACGAUCUGGUUGCCCUCCCUAUCAGCCUAGCCAAGUCUCUUGGCAACAUUUCACCGCUAGCCAUCUGCUACAAGAUUGGCACAUCAGUCUAUCUCCUUGACACACACACACUGCAGACCGCCGAUAUCACAGCGCCGAUAUAUUGGCGUGCGCCGUUCACUGCGCUGGCGGACGCCCAAGACCUGACAGAAUUCAUCGUCAUGGACUGCGAGCCCACGGGCCAGACACGGGGCAAGUGGAUCCUGGCAGACGUCCAGCUGGCUCGCGCAAACGAUCUCGGCGUCAACGACAAGACAUACUAUGCCAGGACACAUCUGGGCGGCAUGCUCUAUGCAGGUGACUCCGUGAUGGGCUAUAUGCUCACUGGCACCAACUUCAACAACCCCCAGUUUGAGGCUCUUGAGAACUCCAACACAUACUCUAGCACGAUACCCGACGUCAUCAUCGUGAAGAAACACUAUCCCAACCGCAAGCGCAACCGGAAGAGGAACUGGAAGGUCAAGCGUAUGGCGAAGGAUGAGGGAGAGCUGCUGCCAAAGAAGGCCGACCAGGAGCGCAUGGACCGCGAGUUUGAGCUGUUCCUGCAGGAUCUUGAGGAGGACGACGAGUACCGUGGUGGUGUGGCUCUGUACAAGAACCCCAAGAAGGCGGACGAGAUGAGCGUCGCGAUGUCUGAGGAUGGGGAGGAAGAUUUGCCGCAGGUCGACAUGGACGAGCUGCUGGAUGACUUUGAUGAGCUCACAAUGGACGCAUGA